CGUCAACCUAAUAUCUGAGCCUACUCGCUCAAGUCGAGAUCGGGGAAUGUUAGGAAGUAGCGCAUGUGCUGACCACCAUUGAAGCUUCUGCUUUCAGCUCCCAUGUGGGGAAAAAUCGUGGAUUCGUGGGAUGGACCAUCUAUAACGACUUGCGCGAAACAAGUGGGAUAUACUCCUUCCAUCCUGCUCUUGCUUCACAAGGAACGCUCAUUUCUUUCGAGCCUGCUUACGGCAUUCGGUGGUUCCAGAUGCAACCACUUGAAUAUUCCAGGGCGAGCGAGUCCUGGGCUGGAUCGAUCUUCAAUAUCGUUGAUCAAUCUGGUCAAGAGCUUGUUUCCAUACCAAUCGAGUUCGCUACGCAGGCACGAUGUAACACGAUUGGCUUUGCGCUCUCUCUGGUGGCUUUUUGCUUCCGAGAAGAUGGGUUUCUUCGCGAUGAGUCUGGUCAGCAGCUACCAGUAAAGGAUCCAAUGCCUCAAGGGACAGCGAUCUUCGUUCGACAAGACGGAACCACGCAGCCCUGCACUCCUGCGAAAGGUCCCCGCUUUAAGUACAAACAUCGCCCUCCGGAAGAGAAUUCUGAGUCUGGCACGAUGAGCAAUUCCAGCCGAUCGAGCGGGCUCCAGAAUGACUUCCGAGUCUCCCUUAUUGCGCGUGAUUUCUGCUGUCUCUUAUCUGGGCUGCAUUAUUCAAAUUGUACCGCCAGCCAUAUUCUUCCGCUCAGCAGACCCGAAUACUAUUCCGAGGUCCUCGGCGGCAAUGUGCGAUAUCUAUUCAAACCCGAGCACGGCCUCCUCCUCCGCAGCGAUUUGCAUCACUCCUUCGAUCGAGGCGAAUGGGCUUUCCACCCUGACGGCGAAAACUUGGUGGUGCACGUCUUCAAAAAUGAAACCGCUGCCAGAGAACACCAUGGGUUAAUUCUCACCCCGGAUCGAUUCCGUGGAGAGGCACGCACUCAUCCCCAUCGCGACUUGCUCAAGUUUCACUACCAGCAAUGUGCAAUUCAACGGUUUCGCGGUUAUUCUUCGGGCUUCGAUUGAAGGAAUUGAGAGCGGCGCGUAUUUCCUUUCUUGCGUCCCUUACUUGCAUACAACUCGGUUGCAUAUCGACAAGCGACUUACGCAAGGAAAUGUCCGUCCCAUCGCGCACGCGGUUGCCCAGCACAUUCUCUGUUAAUGUCAUGCGCUCAGCACAUGGCCCAGGUAUCGUUGAAGGUGAGCGCCGACGCUAAGAGCGGCUAGCUAGCAGGGACGAACUUCUUCCCAAAGAAAGCCCAGCCCGAUCGAUGAGCAAGGGUGCGCUCGUUGAGUGAAGCGUCCAUAUAUCGUAUAGAAAGCAAUGGGCAAUGGCAACCGAUGGAGUCUCAGGUCUUUCGUCAGACCCGCACAGCUCCUCUC